UAGGUGAGCAACAGCGGGCUAGUUUGAAAUGAGGAAGCCAUAAAAAACAAAUAUGAAGUGUUUAGGAUGCGGUUGACAACCGUCGUGAAGGUCGAAAAAGACAUUUAGAACAUGUCUCGUUUCGUGAUUUCUUUGGAGGAUGCUUUUGAGCCAAGACGGAGAUUUUAUCAUCGACAGAGACUUGCGAACGAGUGCGCGACAGCUGCUGGCUAACGCUUAGCAUUAGCUCCCGGUGGCUCUGUUGUAGCGGUAUUGUGAAAAGUGUAAUUAUAUUAAUAUCGAAGGGAAAACGACAUUUCUGGAGCCACAAUGUCGUCUGCAGACGCCUCUUGUAUGUUGGCACUGGAGGAGCAAGUGAGAAGCUUAUCGGAGGAGUUGGUGCAAUGCCAGGCCGAUAAAGACUUUGUGUGGUCCCUGUGGAAACGACUUCAAGUGGAGCAUCCCGACUUGACCCAGGCAGUGAGUCUGGUAGUUGAGCGGGAGAAGCACAAAGGUGAGAUGAAGGACAGGAAGGUGCUGGAGAUCCUUCAGGCCAAAGACUUGCAGAUACAGGAUCUGAAGCAGCAAGUGUCCGAAAAGCAGCAAGAGGUGAACAAGCGAUGCCCAUCGAUGGCCGAGGAGGUGGCUUUAAUGAAGAGCGAGCUGGACGCCGUGAGUCAACAGCUGCUCGACAAGAGCGCGCAACUGCAGGAAUUGAAGACGGAGUGUGGGAGGAAAGAGGAGGAGGCGCAGCGGGCGGCGCGUGCACUCGAGGAGGAGAAAGGGGGAUUAGCGUCCCGCUGCGUCGCCCUGCAAGCUGACCUGGAGGAGAAGGAGAGGCGGGCCCACCACCAGCGUGACCAGAGGGAGGCUGCUCAGGCCAGAGUCAAGGAUCUUGAGGAAGAAGUGCGCAUCGCCCGGCAGGAGGUAUCCACCACGCAGAGCCACAACAGCGCCCUGGCAGCUCGCCUCUCCACCAAAGAACAGGAAGUGGCAACAAAAGACCAUCAGCUUCGCAAACUCGGGUGUGAGUUCAGCGAAGUGCAGAUGUUGUACAAACGGAGCGCAGAGCACGCGGCGGCCCAGAGCCAGCUGAUCAAGCAACUGGAGGGACUCAACGUGGACACGCAGAAGGUGAUGAGGAACCAGGAAGAAGCGCAUACUGCUGACACCAAUUCGUGUCAGAAGCUCUACAGCGAGUUGAGCCAAUGCUACCAGACCCUCAUGUCAAGUGAGGCCAAGCUGCGGCAGAGCCACCAGGAGCUGAGCAGCCAGCUGGCCCACAAGGAGAAGCACAUCUUGCAACUGCAGGCCCAGCUGCAACAACAACAACAGCAGCGACAAACUCAGCGGGCAGAAAUUUCCAUCUCAAGCAACAGACAAACCAACUUGAAGGCACCAGCGUCCGAGCUGACGGUCGCCGCCACCGCGUCCCCAAAGCUUCGCCGCAAGCAUUCAGAGGAUGAAGUCUCUCCUGUCGGGAGGCGGCAGGACGCAGCUGUACGGCGAUCCCGGUCUCUGUCCCCAGCGGGCAGCGUCGAACUUUAUCACGGAAGAAAAAGAGAAGCGCAACAAAGAAUUCAAGACCUCGAAGACCUGCUGCAAUCAAAGACUGAGGAGAAUGAAGAACUGAGGAGAGCCCACGACAGAAGACGUGAGCGUCUUUUGUUAGUACAGAAGAACUACAAGGCCGUCAGAGACCAGCUAAAAGCGGCAGAGAAAGCAAACGACACGCCACAUGGAAAGAUACCUCGCGCCGAGCCCUGGCAGCUAAGACAAGAGAACAGCGAUGCGGUGUGGAACGAACUUGCCUACUUCAAAAACCUCACCCGUAAACUCACUCUCGAAAAGGUCAGCUUGGAAGAGGAGCUGGACAUGCUUCGUGUCCAGGCUGCGAUGGAUCGGGCCACGAUGAAGGAGUUCCACCUGAGUCUCACUGAAGAACACCAAGAACUGCUUCGCAAAGUGGAAGAGGAGCGCCGGGUCAAAAGCACUUCUCCGGAAAGGCCCUCCGUUUCUUCGAAGCGGUUGGAGCAGUCGUUUGUGAAGAUUGAGCAGCUGGAGCGGAGGAUGAUGUCCCUGGAGGGCGACACGGAGCUUCUGAGGGAAGAGAAACAGCAGCUCCUUGAGGCCAACGAAGACCUGGUCCACGACUGCCGCGGACUCCAAGCCUCGCUGGAUCACCUGCGAACCCAGGAAGCCGUCCGCCUGCAGACCGUACAAGCCCAGAACCAGGCCCAGGCCUCGGCUCAGGAGGAACGACAUCGCGGCGAGGUGGCGGCUCUCCGAUCCCGACUGGCCGACUCUCGGAAAGAGUCCGGCGAGCUCCAUCGGCGGCUCCUGAAGCUGAGGCAGGAGAUUGGCAUUCUCCGGGCGGCCAGGGACUUCAACAGGAAGAGCGCGGCGGGGCCGAGCGGGAUCGCCGGCAACAAGGCUAAGCUGAAAACAAUUCGGCUCCGGGGUUCAUUACGCCAGCGCAGCCACCCGACCGUCGCCGCCAAUCAAGCCAUCAGCUGGCAAGGCCGUAGCCCGAGUCCCUCCAAGGACGAGUGGGAGGACAUGAGCGUAGCGAGCGACAGCGAGGAAUACUCAGACAGCCUCAACGGCGCGCCCUCGGGGACGAGGCCUCGCGCACAGCGCAAGAGGAAGUUCGACAGGUGGCAGACAAAUGCGGGCCAGCCAGCGCCGCCGCCGGCGGAUUCCGGCGGGAAGCAUCCAGGCAAUAAACAGCACGGGGGUUUUGAACGUGGCGAGAAGAGAAGAAAGUGGCUGCUAACAAAGACCCGUCACGGCGCCGCAACCGCCUCGCAGCACCGUGUCGAAUCCCUACAGCGGCACGUGGAGGUAUUGCGACGUGCCAGGAAGGAUGCCGCGCUAUCAGCCCGAGAGCAGCGAAGCGCCAACAACAAGAUGGCGGCGCAGCUCAACUCCCUCGCCGAGAAGCUGGGCAGCAGCAAGCAGCUCACGCAGAAGCUGACAUCUGAUUUGGUGGGUCUGGAGCAGCAGAAGAAGGUUGUGGAGAUGGAGCUGGAGCAGUGGAGGCAAAGCACUUUCCCCCGUCGCACAGCUGAAUGCUCCUGCCAGGCCUUGGAGGCGGAGGUCAAACAACUGCAAGCCAAAGUCAAGAGUACAAGUGCGGAGGUCACGAGGCAGGUGGCGGCUAACAAAGCCCUGCGAGGCCAAGCGCAGGAGAAGGAGGACAAAGUCCGCCAGCUGCAGGACAAAGCGAGCCACGCCGAACGAGACGUGACCAUGAAGAGGCAGCUGGUGGAGGACCAGAGGACGAGGCUCAAGUUUUUGCAGGAGAUGGAGAAAAGUUAUCGUGGCCAGGUGGAGGAGCUGGAGAAGAAGGUCAAGUGUUUAUCAGAAGAAGCUUCCAACAGAAAGGCCUUUGUCGAAUCUCUCAAACGGAGACUGAGCGUCGCAACCGCAGAGAAAAGCCAGCAUGAGGACUCCUGCGCCAAACUGAAGGUUGACCUGGAAAAAAAGGAGCAGCGCAUCCAAGCCCUGCAGGCUCGCGUGGGAGCCGGCGAGCAGGCCUUGGCCGUUCUGGAGCGGAGCGCCGCCGAGCAAACGGAGCAGCUGACCCGGCAGCGCUCCCAAGCGUUGGACGAGCUUCAGAGGCAGCUCGGCCAGGCCUCCUCCCAGCUGGAGCAGCUCCGAUCUUUCAUCAAGGCCCUGGCCGGCGAAACGCUGCUCGACGUGCACGAGGUCAAACGGCAGCUGAUGAAGAGGAGGAGGAGGCUGAGACCGGCCGGCGUUGUUGCGGCCAAAGGCGGCCCAUCAGCCAAAUCCAUGAUCAAAGCCAAGUCCGUCGCCGCCUCCAUCCUCAAUAUGUCCGAGAACGAUCUGGCCGACAUCAUGGACUCGGAGCAGGGGACAGAGAGCCUUUCAGAGGAUUCCAAAGAUCAGGCAUGGCUGGACAAUGUCAACCACAUCCUCCAGCAAAAGUGGCCGACAACAAAGACGUGUUUGUAUGCAUAAUGUGAACGCCUGGUAGGCAGCGCUGCACUGCAGGCCCCCAAGCCCACCUCGCCGUCACCCCUGAGCACAGGUGGAGCAGGCCAGCAUCACUGGGACCAAUUAGAGCGGAAUGCAGGUACAUUAGCAUCUUUGAACGGGCGGCCAUGUUGUAGUCGGGACUGUGCUUUAAAAAUACAAGCAGUGCUGGAUAUAUACACAAGCACGUUGCGACCAUUCGGUUUGAUUCAGUGGUUUUCUAAUUUGAUGCGCUAUUUUCUGGAUAUCUCCCCAGACAAUUAUGGUUUUAUAUUAUGUGAUCAAGACACUUUAUCAUUAUCUUCGGUCAUUGAUUCCUUUACUGCUUUGUAGUGAGUCAUUAAGGAUUUGAAAGUUAGCUAAUGAUUGAGACAGUCUCCUGUUUUAUUAACACUUUCUAGCCUCCUCCCUUUCUCUAUUGGCCUCAGGCCCCGUCUUCCCUGUUUGCUUAAUUCAAUGCAAUCUCGCGUUGAAGCACUUAUUUGUGCUUCAUUGGUUUUGUAUAAUUGCAUUAUUCUUGCUGUGCCGUUUUUUCAGCACCAGAUGGCAGCAAAUCACUUGGUGGAGUGUAACAUUGGUGUUUUUAUAUCACUGCCUUCUGAGUAUUACUAUCCAGUCCAAAUGCUCACAAAUCUAACCAUUUUCAAACUAAAUAGUAAGUGUCCCUGUAGUUGAACAUUGAAAUAUUGAAUUUCCAGCUGGGAAGAAGCUACCAU